AUGAUUGAUGAAGAUGGUUAAGUGGAACUUGGGAUUCAAGGAACACUCCUGGCAAAUACAACGCAUCUAUGCCUACACCAACAAGCAACGGUCAUGCCUCUCGCGUGCAGAUUCAAGAACCAAGAAUAAUGUCUCCUCUUCCUCCUUCUUCUUCUCCAAUCGCCUUCAAGGAACAACAAGGUAGACCACCUCCAACAACACAACAAACCAUAGCAGGAAAACUCUUUAGAACUCUUUUCAAGGGUCUUCUCUUCUCACAACUAACCUUAAUCUCACUUUUGGUGAUCGUUCUCACCAUUCGCGGUCUCAUCUCAGCAAGUACACACCAUUUCCACCUCAAGAAAUGGUACCCUCCUUUACUAGCAUCUGUUGCUGUCUCAGGAAUUGCAUCUUUAGCAUGGCAAUGCAUCUUUAUCUACAAUCCAUCAAGAGCAGUCAAAGCAACGUUCUGGCUUAGUCCAAUACUCACCUGCUCGGUAGGAAUCUUGCUUGUUUUGAUUGGCUCAGCGGUAGAUGCAGGUAUAGGUGCAGUGUUUGUCCUUUUCGCCAUUACUCAGUCCCUCUAUGGUUGCUGGAUUACUCCGAGGCUUGAGUACACCGAUAAAAUAUUAUCACUUGCCACAGCAUUUCCACCUGCAAGAACCAGAGAAGUAGUCUGCUUAUCAAUCAUAGUCAGUGUCGUUUACUCUGGUUUCUUGGUGACUGGAAUUGGAGGAGCAACUUCCACUAGAACAAAUCUUGAUAUCUUGUUCAUAUCCGUAAUCAUAAUAAGCUUAGCAUGGACGAUGCAAGUUAUCAAGAAUGUUCAACAAGUUGCGAUUUCACGGGCGAGAUAUGUAAACUUUGCACAUGGAGAAGAUAUGGACGCUUGGAAUGCUUUCCGCAUCACUAUGAAACACUUGACUGGGAGCAUCUGCGUUGGCUCGACGCUUGUUCCAAUCAUCGUAUUCAUAAGAGGAUCAAUAAGAAGUGUUAAUCUAAUGUCAGGGAGCAGCGAUGAGGUCAUGUAUUCAGGUGCUGAUUGCUUCUCUACCAUUGCUAACAAACUCAUUACACUUGGAAACAGAUGGGGCUUUGUACAUGUUGGAACCUAUGAUAAAGGAUUCAUGGAGGCUUCGAGUGAUACCUGGAAGAAGUUCAGAAGCACAACAGGGUUGGAGAAACUGAUUGACUCGGAUCUCACUAGCUCCUUCUGUUUUCUCAGUGCUGUUUCUGUUGGAGCUGUCUCUUCAUUAACUGCUGGGAUAUGGAUGUUGUUAAUACACAAGGACUAUGCCCUGGAAGUGACUCUCUAUGCUUUCAUAAUUGGAUAUUUUGUGGGAAGGGUAGGUUUGGCGUGGCUACAGGCAUGUGUAUUGGCUUACUAUGUAGCUUAUUCUGAAGAUCCUCAGAGCAUGAGAUUUGAUGGAACAAUUCCACAACGUAUUCAGCGUCUUCAAAUGUUAAGUGCUCACCGAGAUAACAGGGAGCUUGAGGUGGGUAGAGACAGAGAAGAAGAUAGUUAUAACAAUUGUUGAGUCAUGAAGGAGUCUCGCUACAUACAUGUAAAGAAAAACAAGGAUUACUACUUUAUUUCUUCAAACUUAUAGAUUCUUCUAUUGAUAGGCAAAAAUCUUAGCUUCAAUGUGUUUAUAUGUAUGCCAAAACUCCAACUAAAGAAAGAAUGCACAUACUUUUUCU